AUGCAAUGGGACCUCAUUGUGGCUGGAGAAUUCAAUGCUAAAGCUCUUGAAUGGGGGGAGGCCAAACCGGACUUCAGAGGAAGACGAAUCAUGGAUGUGGUGUCGAGAUUGGCACUAGUAGUGCUCAAUACAAGCUCCACGUUAACCUUCCGAAGGACUGGCUACAGAGAGACGAUCCCGUACGUCUCUCUAGCCAACGAACACCUUGUUACAAGAGUCGCAGGCUGGCGGAUGAUCGAAGAAUACACUGGGAGCGAUCAUCAGUACAUCCUAUUCGAAGUACACGAUAGGAGUCGUGAGUCUAUCGUCAACUGCACAAGCCAGGAUGAUUACUGCAGCAACUAUGCAGCUCAUUCAAAUGGCUUGCGCGAUAGCGGUGCAAAGAAGAGCACGAAACGGCAGAGGCGUCCUGUAUACUGGUGGAUGAACGAGAUCGCUGAUCUUCAUAAGAAGUGCUUAAGGCUUCGCCGAUUGCCACAACGAGCGAAGAGACGCAACCUCGACACUGCUCCCUUGGCUGCAGAGUAUCAAGCGGCGAAAAAAUUUUUGAAGAGGACCAUCAAGACCAGUCAAAAACGAGUGAUUAGCACGGCUGCGCCUGGCAUAACCGAAGCGCCGCAAUUUACGGAAGAAGACCUACUCAGGGCUGCAUCUUCUAUGAGGAACAAGAAAGCUCUAGGUCCUGAUGGCUUACAGCGGAACAAGGGCAAGGGUUCCGCAGAGGCAGCUUCGUUAUACAGGCCUAUUAGUAUGCUCGAUACGGCUGGCAUGCUCCUGGAGGAGCUGCUUAGGCUACAGAUGCACGCAGCCUUGAGCGCAAUGUGGGAUCUUGCCGCCCGCCAGUAUGGAUUUCGAUCCGGCCUCUCCACCAUCCACGCAGUCCAGGAGGUUGUCACGGCCGCUAAAAUGGCGGAGCGAUGGAAUCAACUAACUCAACAUUUGUGUCUGCUAGCCAACUUAGACGUGAGAAAUGCCUUCAACUCCGUCAAAAGCUUGGAGUUGACAUCGGGGGUAGCCCAGGGCUUUAUACUGGGACCGGAUAUCUGGAAUAUAUUCUACAACGGUAUCCUAGGUAUGGCAGUCCCUGAAGUUGCUUUCUUGGUUGGCUACGCAGAUAACAUUGCAAUUGUUAUAACUGCAAGAGACACCUUCACCGUAGCCGAUUUAGUCGGCUGUCAAGUAUCUAGGAGUAAUGCUCGAUUGCAAACUCAAUUACGGAGAGCAUAUAAUAAGGGCAGCAGACAAGGCGGCAGAAGUAGUAACCAUGCUGGACACACUUAUGGCCAAUGUCAACGGUGUCGCCGGAGCUAUGAUGCUGUACGGCACGUAAGUAUGGGCCGAGGUGCUGCGAAAAGAGAAAUAUCGCAAGCGCAUAGCCGCGGUACAGAGGAGGGGCGCUUUCCGAAUCGUUUGCUCCUACCGCACGGUCUCAGAGCUCGUAGUGCUAGUUGUAGCCGAGGUAAUCCCGAUAGAACUACUAGCCAAUUCGUUGAUCAGCAGACGCCCGUUCUGGGGAAGGAGGAGGCAUCAAAGAACGCCAGGUCUAACAGCAUCGAGGCCUGGCAAAGCAGAUGGGAGCUGGAACCUAGAGGCAGAUAG